AAGAAGUCGUAGUUGUCCCCAUGAAUGUCAACGACAGCCCAAAGAGGCACAUUGUAGCACUGAGUGACUGCCAUCUUGUCGGGGCAAAAUUUUCGCAAGCAACAAUCGACCGGCUAUUAAAAACCAUGGAGGGCUUUGCGAAAGAUGAAAACCUCCACACACUUGUACUUCUCGGCGACAUACUAGAGAUGUGGGCCUAUCCACACGACCGAGACGCCAUGACAGACCAAGAAUUGGUGGAGAGCUGGCAAAAUGAUAUAUCGUCUCAGAAAUUCAUCCAAAGUCUUCUGCUUUUGAUAAAAAAUGACGUUCGCGUCUACUAUGUCAUGGGCAACCACGACCACAACGUCAUGCCCUGGAUGGCAGACCAGCUCGGCUUCACCCGUGGAGACAGGUUUCAGCUGGUCAGGGGGAUCCUUGUCCUGGAGGUCAAAGUGAACGACCGACUGUACCGGGUUCGUUUCGAGCACGGUCACAAUGAAGACAUCUUCAACUCCUACGGAGGCUUGGCAGAAGAGGAUUUGAUUGGAGGAGAGCCCCUUGGAUACAUCUGUACGCGUGCGAGCAGCAAACGCGAUGGAGACCCAUUACAGAUACUGGAUAAAAAGUCUGCUGCUCUAGCGGCACUUUCCGCCCUUCUCGGACCACAGACGCUCAAACUUCUGUCUUCAAGGGACAGAAGUGAAAAGUUGAUUCGGAUUAUCUUGGAGCACAGUCUCGGGAGGAAAAUGACCGACGAUGACGUUGUUUUCCAUAAAAACAACCAGUACCUCAACCUAAGGAAGUACUCGCGAAUGCAACUGUUCAAGAGAUUUAUUGACAGGCACGGAUUGGAAAAGGCCUUUAGUAUGUACAAGGUUGGUUUCCAUGAUCGCACUGAUUUCUUCCGUACCUGUUGUGAAGACGUCGUGGUCCUCGGCCACACACACAAGUGGACAACAGGGCGGUUCGAAGGGAAGGGAGGCCGUGAGGUCCUGUACGCCAAUACUGGCGCGUGGUGCACUCGUGUCAAAGAGCCUACGUACGCCCGAAUCGUCCCGCCGACCAGCCGGGAGGACGGGUUGGUUGAAGUCGUCGUCGUGACAGCUUGAACUGUUGAAGGGAGAGAUUUGCCACAGCAAGUGUCAGUGAUCCUUCACAAAGAAGGACUCCAAAUACCACAGUACUUACAUAUCACACAUGGUGCCUCAUCAUACAUAUGGAGUUACAGAAUGCUGGUUGUGUGAUAACGUUAUAUUGUACAGGAGGGUAACAAGUUAUAUGUAAGAAAUUCGACCGAGAAGGACAGGCUAUAUACUAUCAUCGGGAGCACAUCUGGAAAACUUUUUAGAAAUUCCUUUUGGUAAGACACAUACUGUUGAUGUGACACCAUGAUGAAGAAUACCAAUUACUAAGGGGAAAAAAUCGGUUUAAUAUAAUAUACAGUUUCCACAUAUUCUGUCCUUACCUCUUGAGACAUUCAAUUGUUACCUAGAUAUUGAGGACCUUUUUUUCAAACAGACUUGUAAACAUUGAUUUAUUUGGUACAUCUACUUAGAAAAAUAGUAGUCAGCACGGAAUAAUGUGACUUGUCGCAUGUUAUACAUACAUAAAUAUGCUCUGUAAAGGACAAGUUGAUU